AUUAAUUCAUUAAUUGAUGGAGAACAUUUAGGAUUUAAAAACCUUGAUGUAUGACUAUUUACUAUUUUUCAAGAGGUCAUAAUUUUAAUGCUGUCAAUUUUAGUAAAUAUAUGAUAAACAAUGAUUUCUCGGAUGUCGAUUAAUUAAUUAAGAAUUGUCAAUUAGAGAGUUCAGGCCAAAGAUUCAAUCUCUGGAGACUAUUCCUAAGGUAUUCUAACGAAUCUUAUCCUAGAAUAUAUUCAAAAGAAGAUUCAUUUACCUAAAAAAUAGAAAAGUUAACUAAACUGAGGGAUAAUUAUAAAUCAUUAGAAAAUAGACAUUUGAAAACAUCUAGCACAUCAACUCAAAAUCAAAUUGAAGAACCAACUAAAAAGGGACCACUCGGAGGUCCUCUUGGAGGUCCCUUAGGAGGUGGCAAAUAAAAGUAAUAGUCCUCUAAUGCAAUUGAUAAUGCAGAAUUGAGAAAUGAAAUCAGAAAAGAUGUUGAAAGAACAUAUCAGGAGUUUGAGUUCUUCUCUUCAAAACGAGUUUAACAAAUACUUACUACAAUAUUGUUCAUUUGGUGUAAAGAGAAUAGUGAAAUAUCGUAUAGAUAAGGAAUGAAUGAGAUUGCUGCUUCACUAAUUUAUAUAUAUACGAAAGAGGCAUUACAUAAGGAAGAAGUUGAAAAAUACGAAGAAGUAACUUACUUAAAAAUUAGUAGGCAACUGAUGAGGAAAUCAAUAUACUUUUGCAAUUUAACUCUUGGGAAUAUGCUGAACCAGAUAUUUAUUCCUUAUUCACUGCAUUAAUGAAUGAUGCCUAGCAUAUGGAGAUGUUUAGACCUAAUUACACAGAUUAAUAAAAAUUUAAGCUUUAAAGUAAGAAACCAAGUGCAAUUUUGACAAGAGUUGCAAAAUUACAGGACAUUCUAUUAAAGUAAGUGGAUUUACCCUUAUUUCGACAUUUGAAGCUACUUCAAGUAGAAUUCCAAAUCUUUCUGUUAAAAUGGAUAAGGUAAAGCAAAUAGUAUAAUUCUUAGAUGUAUGUUUACUAGAGAAUUAUCAUUAAUGGAAUCAUUUCAUGCUUGGGAUGCUAUAUUUUAGGAUUUCUUAUUAUAAUAGAGCGAUUCAUUAUUCUUUGUAGAUUGUAUAGCUAUUGCUAUGAUAAUUUAUUUAAAAAAUCAGUGUAAUUUAAUAUAAUCUAAAAUUAUUUAGUAAUGGAAAGUGAAGAAUCAAGUUAAUGUUAUCAAAGAUUCUUGAAAUUCCCAAAAAUUUCCAAUCUUUCUAGCCUUUUAGAUACAGCAACAUAAAUAAGAGUUAUAUUGAUAUCUUAAAAGUCAUCUAAUAACUUGGAAGAUAACACUGAAGGAAUUGAAAAACAGGAAAAAUUAUAAAAUCCUGCAUUUUUUGUCCUUGAAAAAAUAGAUUCUGAUCCUAAGGUUUAACAAGAUAAAAAUAAAGGUAAAGAAUAGCCUAAAUAAACCUAAACUCAAUAAUAAUAAUAGUUUACAAAAAAUGAAGAAGAACAAUCUUAAUCACCAUAAUCAUAAAUUAUUGAAAAAUAACCUGUGAAAUAGUAAGAGUAACAAUAAGUAUUCUUUGAUGACAAGAUCAUGUAAUCAAACACAAAGGCAUAAAAGUCGUAAUUUGUUGUAGAAGAAAAAGUAUAGUAAAGACAAUAAAAUUAGAAUAAGGAAGAAAAGUAAAUGGAAAUUAAAUUAUCCAUAUAAUAAGUUUAGGAUAUUUGUAUAACAAUAGAUGAAGCUUUUAAUGUGAUUAAAAAGAGCAAUGAUAGGUAUUUUUAUAUUUUAAUUAAUUUAGCUAAAAUCAUUAGGAACUAAUCAUCAGCUUGGCUGAACUUAAAUAAUAUCUGAGUAAAUAAGUAAGUGAAGCUGAAGCAAAUUCAGGGAAUUCAUAAGAGGAGGGUUAAAAUUAUAGAAGUAGUGGAUUUGUAAUAAAGAAAUCAAUCACAGGGUAAUAAUAAUCUCAAGAAGAUAAUGGAAUUAAAAGCAAAAUGACAGAUUUCUUUAAAAAAAAGUGGUGAAG